CUCCGUGCGCCUGAAGCCUCCCGACGCAGCAAGCGAGGAGGUUCCGAGGUUGCAUGGCUUUAGUGGGGCUGCAGCUGUGGGCUGCCGCCCGCUCCUCCGUCUCCAGCCUUCCGUGGUCGCGGUUGACGGUCAGGAACUAUGCGGCCAAAAGACCGGUAGGGAAAGGCAAAAUGAAAGGUCUUUCCAAAGAAGAACUUAAAGGCCCUGAAGUAUGCAAGGACCCGGUGAUGCUCACCACCCACGCUAUGGGAGUGAACAUCUACAAGGAAGGGACGGAUGUAGCACUGAAGCCAGACUCCGAAUAUCCUGAAUGGUGAGCAGUGGGCCUUAGCAGUUAUGAUUGCAGGUGAAGGAGAAAUGAGA